UCACGAUACCAAUGUUAUCCCCAACGAUCUGUCUUUCUUCAAGCUAACUAGCAGCCAAGCCAUAGCAAGCUACUCUAUCCUAUGCGCACAGUAGUUGAGAGGAUACUCCUCAAAUUCUCUUGACUUUUACUAGAGCUUGCGCAAAUCUGUUGAACACUAUCAAUCCUCAAUUUUACAAAAUGGCAUCAACAAUGGAUCAACUUACUGGUGUUGCAGCCAUUACCGGUGCCGGAGGAACAGGCAUCGGUGCAGCAGUCGCACAAGGGUUUGCAAGAUCCGGUUGUACGAGGAUAGCUAUCACAGACAUCAACCCGGACUCACUCAAUGCUACGAAAAAUGCUAUAUUAAAAAUCAACCCGGACGUCGAGGUAUUCCUCAAACAUGGCGAUGUCGCCGAUGAGGGCUUCGUCGACUCUUUCUUUGACAGCGUUUUCGAGAAUUUCUCACGCCUCGAUUACGCUGUGAAUUGCGCGGGCAUCCUGGGAGGCGAUAUGAUCAAAGCCGUUGAAAUGACAAUGGACCAAUUCGACCGCUUGAACAAUAUCAACUACCGAGGCUCGUGGCUAUGUUGCAGAGCACAGCUGAGGAACAUGUUGAAGCAAGAGCCUCUCCCCGAGUCUGCCGUUCAGAGAGGAUCUAUCGUCAACAUCGCCAGCCAACUAGGCAUAGUCGCGAGGCCUGGUGCAGCUGCAUACUGCGCUUCAAAAGCUGCUAUCAUCAACAUGACUCGGUCAAAUGCUAUUGACUAUUCGGACAAAGGCAUCAGAGUCAAUUGUGUCUGUCCAGGUGUGAUUGAGACCCCCAUGACCAGUUCUACCCCAGAGAUUGUCGAAGCUCUCAGACCUGCGAUCGACAUUGCGCCAAUGAAGAGGAUGGGAAAGCCAGACGAAGUCGCCAAUGCUGUUUUAUUCUUAUGUUCAUCCAAGUCGUCAUUUGUUCAGGGACACGCUUUAGUAGUAGACGGGGGUUAUACUAUCAAUUAAAG